CUUUACCAAACGGUGCGAACAGAAGAGCUGAAGUGGCCUCGUCUAUCCCAUCCAUGGCGAGCUCGGUGCUUGCUCGGUCGGCGAACCCUUCGGCGAUCUUCUAUCCUCUAUCAUUGCGUUGCAGCAAUCUUCCAGCGGGACGUUCGGUUCUCAAAUGGAUGUCGGCGAGAGGCCUACAUGCCUCCUCUGCCAUUGCCUCCGUCAGCCGUCGAUCUAGGGCUCGGAAAUCGAUCCGCCUCCAAACACGCUGCUGCGCCGGCUCACCCGCCGUCGCCAGCGACAGAAAAUACGGAAAUAAACAAGUUAUCAGCGUCACAUCGAAGCUAUACGACUACCUACUGAUGCACACCAGAGAGCCGGAGAUUCUUCGGGAACUUAGAGAGGAGACCGCCACCAUGCGAGGUAGCCAGAUGCAGGUAUCUCCUGAUCAAGCGCAGCUUCUUGCAAUGCUUGCUCAGAUUCUUGGUGCAAAGAGAUGUAUUGAAGUUGGUGUUUAUACUGGGUACUCAUCAUUGGCUAUUGCUUUAGUUUUACCAGAAUCAGGCUGUAUAGUUGCUUGUGAAAGAGACAAAGCAUCCAUAGAAGUUGCAAAGAAGUAUUAUGAACGAGCUGGUGUUUUGCACAAGGUGGUCAUGAAACUUGGUCUCGCAGUAGAUGCUCUAAAAUCUAUGAUUCAAAGUGGGGAAACUUGCAGCUAUGACUUUGCAUUUGUCGAUGCUGAUAAGAGAAUGUAUCAGGAGUACUUUGAAUUGCUGCUGCAAUUGGUGAGGGUUGGGGGUCUUAUAGUCAUUGAUAAUGUGCUCUGGCAUGGCAAAGUUGCUGACCCGCUGGUAAAUGACUCAAAGACCAUCAGCAUUAGAAAUUUCAACAGAAGCAUUUUCGAGGACAAGCGCAUAAGCAUCAGUACGGUACCCAUUGGUGAUGGCAUGACAAUUUGUCGAAAACUAUGAUUUAAGAGCAGAGGAUUGGUGACAGAAGUUGAUGAAUCGUUGGAAAGGCCUUGGAAGUUGUUUGGGUUCCUAUGUUGGAUGCGUUGGAGGUUGAAGCCACAAGUCUUGGCCCAUUGGGCAGGUUGAGAACCGAACCGGUACACAAAGUCUCAUUUAAAAGUGUAGAUUUAACAUCUAUUUGAUAUAUUUUUUAAUUACUUUGACCACCAAGUGAAAAUUACUUAUGAUUAAUUGAUAGCUACUUUUUGCUUGUAGCACUUUGUAACUAACCUUGCCUUGAGACGAUUAAUCUCACUUUAUACUUU